CGGAAGGACAAGGAAAUAACUUGUAACAAACAAAAGCCAGUGGAAAUGGCGAGCAGCGUAUUAGCAGAAAGGGGAACACAGGCUUAAGUUUUUAAAUACCCAGGGGAUAAAAAGGACCGAUGGAGCAAAGCAACAGAAUCUAAACUGAGGUUUUCUUAAACAGAAUAUUGGUAAUAACACCGUAGGCAGCGAUUUGUUUGUUGGUAGUGCAAAUGUUAACAAAUCAUGUUGCAGAAUAUAACAGACGGAAUGAUGUAGUCUAGCUCAACAUUUCUUGUGGACGUAAGCAAUUCGCUUGAUUUUUCAAAAUUGCCAUUUAUAAAAAGAAUAAUACUUUUUGCAGAAGUGAGGGGGUGUAAUGAUCGUCGAGAUUUCGGGACAUGUUGAGUUAUACACUUAAAAAAAAUAUCCGUAGGUUAGUAUAAUUUAAUCAAUGUGUAAAUGAUAGAAAGAUAGCCAUGACUCUCGCCGUGUUUUUUGGGUGUACAUUUAUUGCGUUUGGGCCAGCGUUUGCCCUUUUUAUUUUCACAAUCGCCAGAGACCCCCUGCGAGUCAUCAUCUUAAUUGCUGGGGCCUUCUUCUGGCUGCUGUCGCUGCUGCUCUCGUCUCUGGUCUGGUUCAUCGCCGUGAAGGCCAGCAACAAUGAGGACCUGCGCCUGCAGAGGGACCUGCUCAUUUUUGGGGUCACGUUCUCCGUCUUGCUGCAGGAGGUCUUCCGCUUCGCCUACUACAGACUCCUGAGGAAAGCCAACGAAGGCCUGGCCUCCAUCAGCGAAGAGGACCACUCUUCCAUUUCAGUCCAACAGAUGGCUUAUGUGGCUGGACUUGGGUUUGGGAUCAUGAGCGGAGCCUUCUCCGUAAUCAACAUCCUGUCGGAUUCGCUGGGUCCGGGAACGGUCGGCAUCUUCGGGGACUCUCAGUAUUACUUCAUCAGCUCAGCCUGCAUGACCCUGGCUGUGACCCUCCUCCACACCUUCUGGGGCGUGGUGUUCUUCGAUGGCUGUGAGAGGGGGCGGUGGUGGGCGGUGGCUUUGGUGGUGUGCCUGCACCUGCUGGUGUCGGGACUGUCCUUCUUGAACCCCUUCUACGCGGGCAGCCUGCCAGCUGUGUAUGUCAUCACUGCUCUGAUGGCUGCCUGGGCCUUCUUCUCCUCCGGUGGAAGUUUCCAGAACCUGAAACACCUCUGGACAUGCAGAAAAAACGAUGUGGACUCCUCUUAACUCCUCCGCCCAGGAUGGGGAGGGUGAGUCUGCCCCCUCAUGACUGACCUGGAGCUCUGUCACUCAGCGGAGGAAGCGCAUCCCAUACUUCUCCUCUAAUGGAGGCGGACAGGACCGGAAAGGAAGUCUGAUUCUGUGCCAUUUUCUCCCAGGUCCACCUGGCUGAUGCAGUUAACGGCCUAUCCCUCUUUCUAUAAAAGCGCUGUACAUAGCCUGAUCCAAAUUUUUUUUUGUCUUUGCCUUAAGCAUGCACUUGUGACUGAGAUUGUUUAUAAAGGCAACUUCUUUGAGGUUUGUUAACAUUGUGACUUUUUUAAUCAAUUUAACAAUUUUACCAUGUUUGACUUUGUUUUUUAUUUCCAACCUUAACCCUAGAACAGAGAGCUGCUGUCAGUAUUGUUCAGCCUCCGAAAGGCUAUUGGCCCAAUGGAAUGUGCUUCUUUUUGGAAUGGCAAGGAAUGCUUGACUUGGAUGUUGAAAUUCAAUGAAAGGUCUAAUUUCCGGGUUGCACCCAGAACAAGUGAACAAUGACCCAAGGAUUUACGGUCCGAAUCCGUAAAGUACGUGAGCUCCAAGCAUCUGACAUGGGAUGUUCGACUAUGAAGUCUUGAACUACUUUCUUUUGAAAGUAACAAGUUGUGGUUUGCAUCCACAGUUAAUUACCAAAUUUGAUUAACCAUUAACCAUUUUGAACAUUCUUGUUCUAAAAAGAAACCAAGUUUGCAGCAGCUCCUGUAAAUGUGUUUUUUCUUCCAUUUUAGAAUUUGUUUGUGAAGAUAUUCUCUAUAGCAUAGGACUUUUAAUUUGUUUUUAUUUAGUUUAGAUUUUUGGCUUUUGCAUUCAGCUGAGGACCCUUCCUCAAGGCAUCAGACAGUGGCACUGGGAUGUGAGUCGGUCCUAUAAGAAUGUUUCAAAGAAAGAGGGCUAAGACCAAACCUUCUUUCUAAUUCUUUUUCAGCAUUAUUAAAUCUUUUGUUUUAUGACAUGAUGUAAGUAUGAGGCUUUUCCAUUUCCUUUUAAGCGUAUUGUUGCAUCGUGGAUUGCAUUGAUGGACUUUUAUAUACUGUGCAUCUGAAAUUUAUUUUUCUUAUGCAAGCUAAUAUUUUCUUUUCAUAGCUGUGCGGAGCUAUCAAACCAUUGACACGGUGCAAAAGAAAAGUGCAGACAGUUACCUGUUCUGGAAUUAAGGAUCUUAUCAAGUGCUCCGUAGUCAUUCGGCACCACUGUUUCUCCUCUUAGCCAUGGAAAGGUCUGAAACAUGGUGUGCUGUUCCCAAGAACAGUGAAGGGGGUUUAUUUUUCAUAACACAAUGGUGCUCUCUCCACCAGCAAUGUAGCAGUCACUAGAUACAUUCCAUGUGUUUGGUAGUAUAAUUUUAUUUUACACUUGAAGAUGAUGAGAAACCAGACAUUUUAAUCAUUUCUCCAAAUGGUUUUUCUCCCAGCAGUUUGUAUUGUUGUGACAGGUGCAUAAAUCUCUCCCCAUCUCAUCUCUCAGGCCCCUACAGAUAAACAUAAUCAGUUUGACCCAGUUUGAUUUCACAGGUAUUGAACCACAUUGCCUGAUGUCACAGGGCAUUCUGAUGUCAUUGGGCCUGGUUAACUCCAGGGUGGGCGAUUGGUCCCUUGCACAUUUCAAAAGCAAAAGCUAACCAUUCCUAGGACAGCAAUGUAUUCCGUUACCUUGGAGAUACCCCAUGUACCCAAGGUCUCCCAAUGGCUGUAAGGGAAUAGUGCUUUUUAUUUCAUUUAGUCUUCUGUGUGCAGCGAGUGUAUACACAACUCUGACGGGGCGAGUAACACUGCUGUUCAAAAACUCAGGCUUCCGGGGCAGGGAGGUGGUGAUCUCAUCCCUGGAAUGAGUGUGAAAGUCAGUUGCCAGUUUCCUGCAAAGUAAGCAAGGUAGAUUUAGCAGCAGUAUUUCAGAAAUGGAAUUCUGCCUUUUUAUGGUUCUGUGAGCUGCUGGUGAAAUGGAAGCUUGCCACCGUCAGAUUCCGCCUCACCGCAUUAAGUUUAAAUUCCAGAUGGUGAAGUGUGAAUCAGCAAGCCAGUGUGCAGGAGACAAAUUAAUGAAUCAGAAUAUUCAACUCAUUUCCAAAGAAUGUGUUUCUCAGUUUUGAUCACAAUGUGGCAUUUGGCCCCAUAUUUGGUACUUGCGUAUUGAGUAAAUCCCCAUUUGCACACUGGGGCGGUCCCCAUGCACUCCAGUGACUGAGAAGGACCACAUUCCAUGUAAACGGGAUGCCAGGAAAUGGUGCAAGGCAGCGGUGGUUUGUAUGAUUUUAAUCAGAAGCACUUUAACUGCCAGUCCUUGCAGCCUGCUCCCACGUGUCCUCGACACCGUCAAAGGAGACUGAUUACUGGUGUCCGUUGCAUUCCUGCAUCAUGGUGACCAGACCCAUUUGGGUUUGUGUAUGCUUGGUCAUACCCUUUGUGGAUGGCAGCUGGGCUUCACAUUCUUCAGAUUUGAGAAGGGGCUAAUGUACAUUUCUAAGGAACUGGAUCCUUGAGUUUAUCAUUUCAAAUCGGUUUAGCAUAAACUCUCACUGUUGUAAUUGGUGCUUUGAUUCAUCAUGGGAUUUGAUUAAAGUUUCACAAAUCCAGACGAACCAAAAAACAAAAACGGCAUCUGCGAUCAAGCCACUGUACAUAUGAAUUUUUGAAAUGUGCCAAACUUGCUGUCAAGUAUCAUUUCACAAAUAUCUUGCAUUUUUUAAUGAUUAAAGGCACCUUUAAUGUA